CGCUUAGAGUGCUAAAUGUAGCUAAUGUUAUCGUUGUCAACAUAAUUUCCUUUUAUCUAUGUAAUUUUUUUGUUUUAUGUUUACAGAAUAUAAGGUUAAUGGUUGAGUGUGCGGCGUGUUUGGUGUUGUUUUGAAAGCGGUAGGCAAGGCACACAAAGUUAUAAGCCUCAAUGUCGACUGAGUUUGAAAAAGAAGCGUUAAGCGUGUUAGGAUUUGGAGGAGGAGGUAAAACAUCUUGUGAUUGCACUCAAGAGAAUUUUGAUUUACUGAAUUCUACAGUUAGUAAAAAAAUAUUUAGUACAGGUUUGAAAAGAAAUGCAGAUGAAGAUGAGACACUUGAUAAUAGAAUACAGAAGUCAGUCAGAUCGUACAUGGAAGAUGGUUCUGUUGACAUGCUAGCAGUGGCUGCGGUGGGGGUGGCGAGCCUGCAGCUGUUUGUGCAGAGCAACUGGACGGGGCCGCCGCUGCGGGCGGACCGGCUGCUGCCGUGGCUGGGGCAGGACCGGCCGCCGGAGAGCGAGGUGCUGGGCAGUCUCGUGCUGGACGGAGAGGGAGUUCACUCGGCCGUGAGGCACCCCCUGCUCCUGCUGCUGGCCCGAGGGGCCUUGGGCGAGUGCGCUCGCGCCCGGCCGUGCCCGCUGGGCGUCAGGUGGUGGUGGCAGAGAUGCACGUUCGUCCACCAGCAAGUCCUGGACGAGUACUCUGUCACCCUGCACGGCACGCUGAUGGCGCUGCUGGACGAGACGCUGGCCGGGGAUCUGGAGACCCUCCGCGAGGACGUGAGGACCGCGUACCGCCUGGAGGCGGCCCAGGUGUGCCUGUACUACUCCCAGGUGCUGCCGGCCAAGCUGCAUGUGGACGCAGCCGCGCAGGAGUGCGGGCUGCAGCUGGAACUGAAGGGUGCUUUGGGCAAGAGAACCAAGUUUCAAGAGAAGGCAGUGGCCCAGCUGAAGCUCCAAGUGUCUGUCGAAAGACCAAAUAGUGUUUUGCCAAUCAGACCCCAGUUCUUACCUAAGGAUCUUAAUCUUGAUGAUGAAGUACGCCUGAACCAAGUCAAUUUCCUGAAUGAAGCUGAUGGUGAAUAUCCGGUGUUAACGCCCUUAGAACAGGCUGUUGUUUUAAGCAAAUUCAUUCAUACCCAAAAGUCUCAGCCAAAAGAUAAAGUGGCAGAAGAAGAAUUGUUACCAUAUUUAUCGUGCCUUCUAGCCAACCCUCAGUCUUGGAGCCUUCAAAUGGCUGCGUUGUUGUUCAGGAGUCGACUGGAGUCGAGCCACUCUAGAACUGUGGAGCGUUCAAUGAUGCAAGUUCAGGAGCUGGCUGGUUGCUUGGAAGCUGCUCUGCCUACGUUUGGACUGAGGGCCUCGACACUCUUCGUCUCGUAUCUCCCGCCCCAUUGGAGGAUACAGGCAGACAUGGCAAACCUGUUGUUCAGCAUGGGCAAUGUCAAGUCAGCUCUGGAUAUCUACUUGCAGCUGGAUCUCUGGGAGGAGGUGGUGAACUGCUACAACCUUCUACAGCAGAGACAUCUGGCUGCAGAAAUCAUCAGGGAGAAGUUGAACGCCGGGGAGACGGUGAAGCUGUGGUGCUUACUGGGCGAUGCAACGGACGACGUCUCGUGCUACGAGAAGGCUUGGGAGUUGUCAGGACACAAGUCUGGAAGGGCACAGAGGCAUUGGGCCCUCUUCUACUUCAGAAGGAGAUAUUACGCAGAGAGCAUCCCACACUUGCAGGCAUCGCUGGCCUUGAACAGCUUGCAGCUGACCCUCUGGUUCCAGCUGGGGUUCGCCUGUCUGGACCAGGGGGACUGGCAGCUGUGUGCCACGGCGUACCGCAGAUACUGCGCUCUGGACCCUGAGAACUUUGAAGCGUGGAACAACUUGGCGAAGGCGUAUGUGAAGACAGGACAGAAGGCUCGCGCAUGGAAGGUCCUGCAGGAGGCCGUGAAAUGCAACUACGAGAACUGGCAUGUGUGGGACAACUUGCUUGUCGUGAGCACCGACUGUGGUGAGUUUGAGGAGGUCAUCCAUUCAUAUCAUCGCUUAUUGGACCUCAAGAAACGGCAUUUAGAUCUUGAGGUGCUAAAAAUUUUGGUGAAUGCGAUUGCCAAAGAUCUGCCUGAUAGCAAAGGCAUUCCAGCUGGUCGCUACAGGAAGAAUGCCCUUCAGCUGUUUGGGCGACUUACGGGACAGAUCACGGACGACGCCGUGCUGUGGCAGCUGUAUGCCCGGCUGACGGCCAGCGCUCCGGAGCAGAGCCCGCCCGUGCUGCGCAGCACCGUGCUGUACCUGCAGAAGGCACUCACGCAUGCCGUGAGACCCCAAGCCUGGGCGCGCGAUGUGGCCCAAUGCAGAAGUGUGGCUGGACUGUGCAUCUUGCUGGCAGACGCAUGCUUGGAGUUCUGCAAAAACUCUCCUAAAGAGGCUGUUAGUAUGCUGACAUCUACCAAAUUGUCACUGAAAGGAGUCUUGACUAAAAUUAAGCAGAAGCACUUGGACGUAUCAACGGAGACUGUUACUGAUGAUUUGAAGCCAACAGUGACACAGUUGGAAGAAAAAAUGACACAAGUCAUGCAAGAAAUACAGCAUCUGGGGACGACAUAAACUGUUCAUUGUAAUCUGUUUUAAUUCUUUUAUUUUUUCUAUGUACAUAUCAAUCUUUAAAAAAAUUAAAAUUUUUUUUUUUAAGGGAACUAAGUUAUGUUCACAAACUCUACAAUAAAUAUUUUCAAACAAUAUUAUUGUAUUAAUUCUGAUAAAUAUACCAACAUGAUUGUCAUAGCAUGUUGUACGUAGUCCUUGAAUUUAAUCUACAGUGCUGCGGAAAACCUCUUUUUGCUAUAAAAAAAACAAAGUUUUCCAAA